AUCGCGCACACAUGAUGCUCUCAAGCGCGAUGUGCUGUCAGCUGCUACUGGGGCGGCGCACGAGAACGGUCAACCAGGAACUGAACCAGGAGAAGCAGUCGAUGGUGUUGUUGGAAUUGAUAUGAGAUAAUUUGAACGACAGCUUACUUAUUCAAACGUAUUAUUGGAGUUGGUAAGAUAUUGGAUUUGUUAAUUUUACAUUUAAAAUUAGUUUUGUAUACGGGAUAGCGUUGUGUUUACGGAUUGGGCUGUGUGUGUGUCCUUCGCUCUCGCCGACCUCGGAAACGUUAGCUAGCUAGGCUGCUAGCUGUCAUGCAUACCAUUAAAAUGGGCUGCUUGCUAGCUAGUCAAUAUGGGAGAGACUAUAAGCACACAGAUUACGCUUAAACCGGCUAGCAAAAACCUAAAACUGACCCUUAACUUACCUUAACCAAACCCUUAACCCUGACCCUAACCAAAUGUUUAUACAUUCUGAAAUGAAAGAUCGGUUUGGGCGUCAGCCGUGUCCUUUAGCCUUUUCCAGUCAAUAUAACGUUAGCUAGCUACUGUACUCCAGUAAAAUGCAUUUGAGGAGAGACAUUUGACUUUGCUUGCCAGCUAGUAGUAGUAGUAGUAGUAGUAGAAAGCUAGAUAACGUUAUGCCAGCAAGUAGCGUUAGCCAAGGCAGCUAAACGUUAGCGAGCAGGCUAGCUAAACCCGAUGCAAUGCAAUGGGCACUCACCUCACAGGCACUGUUAGUAUUAAUGGAUUAAUAACGCAAUCGACCUGAUACAGUGCCUUGCAACAUUUUCGUCGUAAUCACAACGUGUAACGUUCAGUUUUGUGAGCAUCUUGAUCUUUGACAGACCCAGCUUGGCGGCGUUGUCAUGGAGGAGACAAACAGGGAGGCUGUUGCUACGGCCGUGCAGAGGGUGGCAGGGAUGCUGCAGCGCUCAGACCAGUUGGACAAAGUAGAGCAGUACCGCCGGCGAGAGGCCCGCAAGAAAGCUUCAGUAGAAGCCCGACUGAAGGUAGAAAAUGAUGAUGAUGCUAAGAAGACAUGAGAUACAUUCUGUAAUUCCCUAUUUUUCAUAAAGCUUUAGUCAGAAUGAGAUCUGUAUAUGUAUUGUAAAUACAUGGCUCAGGCCUGAAACACCUUACCUCUCCCCAGGCUGCCAUCCAGUCCCAGUUGGACGGGGUCCGCACAGGGCUCAGUCAGCUCCAUAAUGCCCUGGGAGAUGUCAAGGACAUACAGAGCUCCCUGGCAGACGUCAGUAAGGACUGGAGGCAGAGUAUUAACACUAUUGAGAACCUGAAAGAUGUGAAAGAUGCCGUGGUCCAACACAGUCAGCUUGCCUCAGCUGUCGAGAAUUUAAAGAAUAUCUUCUCAGGUACGCUGCACAACUACUACAUGUACCUCAGAGAUACCAUUCAAUUGGGAACUGUUAUUGUUGUCUCGCUUUUCAUUUGUGUGCAUUGAAUGUACUGUUACGAAGUAUUAAUGUACAGUCAGGUACAUCAUUAUUGGCACCAUGAUAAAGAUUAGCAAAAAAUACUGUAUCAAAUAAAGAAUACAAAUUCUGAGCUAUAUUGUAUGCAAAGAAAAAGGUAAAUUAUAUUAUUUUAUACUAAUACAAUUGCUUAGAGAAAGAGAUUCUGUUGAACAAGUAAAAAAACCGAUCUCAAAGAUAGAGGUCAAAAUUAUUGGCACCCCUGUUUUCAAUACUAUAGCACCCUCCCCUUGUGAGGAUAACAACCCUUUUUUUAAAGGUUUUAUGAGAUUGGAGAACACGUUGGGAGGAGUAUUCCUCCAUAAAGAAUCUUUCCAGAUCCUUGAUAUCCUUCGUCUGCUCUUAUGGACUGCCCUUGUCAAUUCACACCACAGGUUUUCACUGGGGUUCAAGUCCGGAGACUGAGAUGGCCAUUACAAAAUGUAGAUUUUUGUUGUCAAUUAACCAUUUAUUUGUGGAUUUUGAUUAGUGCUUGGGGUUAUUGUCUUGCUGGAAGAUUCAGUUGCGGCCACGUGUCAGCCUCCUAGCAGAGGCAACCAGGUUUGGUACUGAGUAAAGUUCAUGAUGGCGUUGACCCCAGGACCAGUGGAAGCAAAAUAGCCCCAUAACAUAAAAUAUGCACCAUCAUAUUUUACCGUAGGUAUCAGGUACUUUACUGCAUAUGCUUCUGUUUUUCAACGCCAAACACUGACCAUCUGACCAUAGCACCGGUUUCAAUCCAAGUGCCAAUGCCUUUUACAAACUCCAGGUGGUGUUAUGGUCAGAUUACAUGAAAAUAGAGCUCUUUUGCAUCGCACGCCAGUGGUGGGUUUGGCAUAGAAAAACGGAAUCAUAUGCAGAAGUAACUCAUACCUACGGUUAACAUUUGGUGGUGCAUCAUGAACUAUACCAAGUACCAGGACAUUUUAGCCCAAAACCUGGUUGCCUAUGCCAGGAGGCUGACACUUCGUCGCAAGUGGAUCUUCCAGCAAGACAACCCGAAGCACACAUCAAAAUCCACAAAGAAAUGGUUAAUUGGCCACAAAAUCAACAUUUUGCAAUGGCCAUCUCAGUCUCUGGACUUGAACCACUCUAAUCUCAUAAAACAUUUUAGAAAAAGUCUGUGUCGUUAUCCUCAUGGGGAGGGUGCUGGAGUAUUGAAAACGGGUGCCAAUUAUUUUGACCACUAUCUUUUUAGAUGUUUUCAUUGUUUGUUAAACUAAAUCUAUUUUUCUGAGCAAUUGUAUUAAUAUAAAAUAAUAUAAUUAGCACAUUCUUUAGCGCAUGCAAUAUAGCUCAGUAUUAUUUAUUUUAUACAGUCUUUUUUUCUCAUCUUUAUCAAGGGUGCCAAUUAUUAUCGACCUUGCUGUAUAUCAUUCCCCUUCUGUGCAGUGCCUGAGAUAGUGGCAGACACCCAGGUGCUGAUUGAGCAGGCCGAGCUGCUGGAGGCCCACCGUAAACUCAUGGAUCUGGAGUGCUCGCGGGACGACCUCAUGUAUGAGCAGUACCGAAUGGACAGCAAAAACACGCACGACAUGAACCUGAUCCGCAACUAUUUUGGCGCGGUGCAGGGCCUGUCUGAUGACCUGGCCAAGCAGCUGUGGAUGGUGCUGCAGCGUGCCAUGGGCACAGUGCGCCGUGACCCCACCAUGCUGGUUUCAGUGGUGCGCAUCAUCGAGCGUGAGGAGAAGAUUGACCGGCGCAUGCUGGACCGCAUGAAGCAGUCGGGCUUUAUCCCCCCGAGUCGGCCCAAGCGCUGGAAAGAGAAGAUGUUUGAGGUGCUGGAGGGCACAGUCACCACGCGCAUCGAGGGCAGCCAGUCGGUUACGCGCGAGGCAGACAAGAUGUGGAUGGUGAGGCUCCUGGAGAUCACCAGGAAGUACGUGCUGGACGACCUGAUUGUGGUGAAGAACCUGAUGGUGCAGUGCUUCCCACCACACUACAACACCUUCGACAGGUUCUUUAAGCUGUACCACAAUGCCGUGUCCAUGCGGGUGCAGGAGCUGGCUGCAGAAGACCUGGAGGCCAACGAGAUCGUGUCCCUCCUCACCUGGGUCCUCAACACAUACAAAAGGUAUCCUUUCUCAGCCCGUAUUCACAAAAGUCUCAAAGUAGGAGGGCUGGUAUAGGAUCAGUUUUGUCUUUUAGAUCAUAUUGAAUAAGAUUAGGCUAUACCUAGAUCGGCUCUCCUACUUUGAGACACUUUUUGAAAACAGGUCAGGCUCUGAUCUGUCCUCUGUGGCUCAUGUAGCAUCAGUGGUAAAUGGGCACCAGUCCAAUCAUAGCUCAGUGGAAUAUGCAGGAAGUGUAGUACAUCAUCUUUGUGCUGCUGAGCCUCAGUCACCUCUCUACCAGCUUAGACUGCUGAAUAUCUUUGAGAGAGAGAGAUCACAAUGUAAAGAUGUUGACCUAUACCUACAGGGAUAGUUCACCCAAAUUACAAAAAUCUAACUGUAAGCAGUAUGGACAAGGUAUGACAGAAAUCCAUGCUUUGGUUUAGUUUACCUGACACUAUUUACAAAUGCUAACAUUUUAGCAUUUGUGGCACAAAUCCCAUUAAAGUCAUGGUACCAAUAUAAGAAUCUAUAAGUAACUUUGCUGAGCUUUACAUUUAAUAUUAGAUACUUUCAGAUGAAAAAUGCUAAUAUUGGUACCAUGACUUGAAUGGGAUCUGUGCCACAAAUGCAAAAACAUUAGCAUUUGAAAACAGUGCCAGGGAAACUAAACCAAAGCAUGGAUUGCUUUCAUACCUUAUCAAUAGACUGCUUACAGGAAACCAAUAUGUCAUUUUGUAAUUUGGGUGAACUAUCCCUUUAACCUCUCCUCAUUUGUGUGUGGAGUGUUUCUCAAAAUCAUUAAAAUUAUGUAGGAAGAACAGUGGCACGGAAAUACUUUGGUACUCUCCAUAUAUGGGAAGGACUUGUAAGCGCUGCAAAGAGCAAUAAACUCAAUAUUUAAAGCUAAACAGUCCCUAGGCACGAGAGGGAGGGCAUAGCAUGCAAUCUAAGCAAAACUGGUGUAGAUAAUCCAAUGAAUGCACAUACUACUGCACAUCGCGUGCACCGACAGUAUUGAACGGAGAACGAUUCAUGUACUGCUCACAAAGAACUAGCCUCAUAUCCAUUUCUGACACAAGCAUCAGCCAGCAGCUACCAUGGAAACCACAACCACUGAUUGGAUGAGGCUGUGUAAUUAUAGAAUUAUAGAUCACUUAUACUCAUACUGAUUUUCUGUGAAUGAGUGUGUGUUUCUGAGUAUGUGUGUGUUUACGUGUGACUGCUUGUGAGUAGCCUAUGUUUAUAGGUAUCUGUGUGUAUAAUAUGGAUUCGGGCAUUGCCGUGAGUGCAGGUGCGCGAGCAUGCCAUGGUGUGUAAGUCUCUCUUUAGCUGUCUGUCUGUUACAUUAAAAUACAUGGAAUAUAUGAAUUCCACAGACAGUACAGGCAGGGCUCUCUUGGCAUGUUCUCAUACCCCACUGUGUUUAUCAUUUCCAGUGUGGAGAUGAUGGGUCACCCAGAGCUGUUGACAGAGUAUGACAUCCACCUGAUGGAUCCUCUGCUGCCUCAGAAGGUGGUGGAUGAGCUUCUCAGCAAAUACGUCCAGACCUUCACUGUGAGUCCAGCCAACACACUCUAUGAUAGCAGCUACAUACUCUAUCUUGUCAGAUAUACAGAUAUACAACUCACUCUCUGCAUCAGUAGACAAAUGAAAUGUGUCAUGAAUUAUUAAAGACAAAGGUAACAUGGCUCUGGCUGACUCUCUCUCACCCUUCCACAGUCCAACAUCACUGGCUGGCUUCGCAAGGCUCUGGAGACAGACAAGAAGGACUGGUUUAAAGAGACUGAACCAGAGGCGGAUCAAGACGGAUACUACCAGACCACCCUCCCCGCCAUCGUCUUCCAGGUAUAACCAGUAUUCCUCUCUGGCAUCAGCCUGAAUCUCUUUAACCCACUGGACUAAGUGGACUAGUUGCUACUACAGUACAGUUACUAUACUAGACAAUGUGUAUAUGACAAAAAUAAAUUGGGAUCUGAGAAUUACAGUGAUGUCACUAGUGUGUACUGUAAGUCUAUUGGAAGGGGGGCCAUCAUCUGACAUGUUUGUUUUUCUCUCCUCAUCAGAUGUUUGAGCAGAAUCUCCAAGUGGCAGCUCAGAUCGACGAGACCUUCAAAGAGGAGGUCCUGAAGCUCUGUUUAAAACAGAUGAAUUCAUUCCUCAUCAGGUAACAUGGAUUUCAUAAUGUUGUGUUUAAUAAUUGUUUAGUGAUUAGUCGUUUACAUUGAUGGCAGUAAAGGUGUGUUACAGUGUAUCAGGGAUGGAUUGCUAUGUAUAUGACAUCUACAAUUGUCUUGUACUGCUGUUCAGGUACAGGGAAGAGGCGAUCGCCUACAAGGAGGACCACUUGCGAGACCGGCAGCUCCCUCAGUGCUACGUCCAAUACAUGAUCGCCAUUAUAAACAACUGUCAUACAUUCAAGUGAGUCCCAUUGACAUCUCCCUGUAAAUAUUAAUGUCUUCUCUAACCUAAUGCGGCUAAUAUAUACCUGACCGUACCUCUGCCACUAGGGAGUCUAUUAACAGUCUAAAGAGGAAAUACUUGAAAUCCACGGAGCCCACCCAGAAUGAUGCUGCCAUAGAGAGGACCCUGAACGACGUGGCCAAAGAUGGCUGCCAGUUUCUACUCGAUGAAGUAUUCCUGGAUUUGGAGGUUAGAGCGAAGUGUUUGUGGACAUAUUUUAAGCUCUUUAGUUACUCUUAUAGUCUAAUAUUUGACAGAAUGUUGCCACGAACCUGGUUAUGUUGUAUCUGAGUGGUGAUUUUGAGCUCCACAGCAUCAUCUCAGUGAGUUGCUGACCCGGAAGUGGUUGACGGGGACCCAUGCAGUGGACACAAUCUGUGUGACCGUCGAUGAUUACUUCAACGACUUCGCCAAGAUCAAGAAGCCUUUCAAUACGGUACAUGGAAAAAUUAAUCAAAUCAUAUCAAAUGAGAGGCUUGGACAAUUGAUUGAUCUGGAGAAAUCCACACAGAGAGCAGUUUUGCAUGUACAAAUUGAUAGUGGUAAUCCUGUGUAUUUGACUGAGUAUGUUGUAUGUGAUGUGUUUAGGAGAUGACCAGCGAGGCCCAUCGCAGGGUGGUGGUGGAGUAUAUCAAGGCUGUGAUGCAGAAACGGAUCACCUUCAAGAAUGCAGAUGAGAGGAGGGAGGGAGCAGAUAGGAUGAUUAAGGAGGCUGAGCAGUUCAAGUUCCUCUUCAGGAAACUCACUGCUGUGAGUGUUUCUUUUCUUCUUCCUUGUUUUUUUUUUUAGUCAUUUAGCACACGCUCUUAUCCGGAGCGACUUACAGGAGCAAUUAGGGUUAAGUGCCUUGCUCAAGGGCACAUCGAUAGAUUUUUCACCUAGUCGGCUCGGGGAUUAGAACCAGCGACCUUUCGGUUACUGGCACAAUGCUCUUAACCACUAAGCUACCUGCCUACAUGCAUCUUGAUCUGGUCUUUCAGUAAAUAGUUAGUCAUAACUUCCUUAAGUCUUGAUACUUACGAUUCAUUUUUCAUUUUUGAUGUAAUGAAAACUGCUUUUCUCUGAUAAGUCCAUACACUGAUACUGUUACUGAUUUUUACAGUUUGUUUGUUUUGUCUCUAUUCUGCUCCAGGGUGAGGAGACUGACCGGCUGUGUGAUGCCAUCGCUGCUAUAGCUGAGGUGUUUAAACUCACAGACCCCACCCUGCUGUACCUGGAGGUCUCCACGCUGGUGUCCAAAUACCCUGACAUCAGGUCAGAUCAUACACAACUUAACACAUAGGCUACACAGUAAAUGAAUGUUAGUGGGGUAUCAAGGUUUUCAAUAUAAUAACUUUGGCUGUAGGAGAAGUUACUUCAGAUGUACACUGCUCAAAAAAAUAAAGGGAACACUAAAAUAACACAUCCUAGAUCUGAAUGAAUGAAAUAAUGUUAUUAAAUACUUUUUUCUUUACAUAGUUGAAUGUGCUGACAACAAAAUCACACAAAAAUUAUCAAUGGAAAUCAAAUGUAUCAACCCAUGGAGGUCUGGAUUUGGAGUCACCCUCAAAAUUAAAGUGGAAAACCACACUACAGGCUGAUCCAACUUUGAUGCUCAGUAGUGUGUGUGGCCUCCACGUGCCUGUAUGACCUCCCUACAACGCCUGGGCAUGCUCCUGAUGAGGUGGCGGAUGGUCUCCUGAGGGAUCUCCUCCCAGACCUGGACUAAAGCAUCCGCCAACUCCUGGACAGUCUGUGGUGCAACGUGGCAUUGGUGGAUGGAGCGAGACAUGAUGUCCCAGAUGUGCUCAAUUGGAUUCAGGUCUGGGGAACGGGCGGGCCAGUCCAUAGCAUCAAUGCCUUCCUCUUGCAGGAACUGCUGACACACUCCAGCCACAUGAGGUCUAGCAUUGUCUUGCAUUAGGAGGAACCCAGGGCCAACCGCACCAGCAUAUGGUCUCACAAGGGGUCUGAGGAUCUCAUCUCGGUACCUAAUGGCAGUCAGGCUACCUCUGGCGAGCACAUGGAGGGCUGUGCGGUCCCCCAAAGAAAUGCCACCCCACACCAUGACUGACCCACCGCCAAACCGGUCAUGCUGGAGGAUGUUGCAGGCAGCAGAACGUUCUCCACGGCGUCUCCAGACUCUGUCACGUCUGUCACGUACUCAGUGUGAACCUGCUUUCAUCUGUGAAGAGCACAGGGCACCAGUGGCGAAUUUUCCAAUCUUGGUGUUCUCUGGCAAAUGCCAAACGUCCUGCACGGUGUUGGGCUGUAAGCACAACCCCCACCUGUGGACGUCGGGCCCUCAUACCACCCUCAUGGAGUCUGUUUCUGACCGUUUGAGCAGACACAUGCACAUUUGUGGCCUGCUGGAGGUCAUUUUGCAGGGCUCUGGCAGUGCUCCUCCUGCUCCUCCUUGCACAAAGGCGGAGGUAGCAGUCCUGCUGCUGGGUUGUUGCCCUCCUACGGCCUCCUCCACGUCUCCUGAUGUACUGGCCUGUCUCCUGGUAGCGGCUCCAUGCUCUGGACACUACGCUGACAGACACAGCAAACCUUCUUGCCACAGCUCGCAUUGAUGUGCCAUCCUGGAUGAGCUGCACUACCUGAGCCACUUAUGUGGGUUGUAGACUCCGUCUCAUGCUACCACUAGAGUGGAAGCACCGCCAGCAUUCAAAAGUGACCAAAACAUCAGCCAGGAAGCAUAGGAACUGAGAAGUGGUCUGUGGUCACCACCUGCAAAACCAGUCCUUUAUUGGGGGUGUCUUGCUAAUUGCCUAUAAUUUCCACCUAUUGUCUAUUCCAUUUGCACAACAGCAUGUGAAAUGUAUUGUCAAUCAGUGUUGCUUCCUAAGUGGACAGUUUGAUUUCACAGAAGUGUGAUUGACUUGGAGUUACAUUGUGUUGUUUAAGUGUUCCCUUUAUUUUUUUGAGCAGUGUAUAAGAUACACUACAUAACCAAAAGUAUGUGGACACCUGCUCGUCGAACAUCUCAUUCCAAAAUCAUGGACAUUAAUAUGGUGUUGGACCACCCUGUGCUGCUAUAACAGCCUCCACUCUUCUGGGAAGGCUUUCCACUAGAUGUUGGAACAUUGCUGCGUGGACUUACAUUUACAUUUACAUUUUAGUCAUUUAGCAGACGCUCUUAUCCAGAGCGACUUACAGGAGCAAUUAGGGUUAAGUGCCUUGCUCAAGGGCACAUUUACGUCAUUUAGCAGACGCUCUUAUCCAGAGCGACUCACAAAUUGGUGCAUUCACCCUAUAGCCAGUGGGAUAACCACUUUACAAUUUUUUUUGGGGGGGGGUGAGUGACUCCGCUGUCCUGGCGUCGUGAGGGAGCUUGUUCCACCAUUGGGGUGCCAGAGCAGCGAACAGUUUUGACUGGGCUGAGCGGGAACUAUGCUUCCGCAGAGGAAGGGGAGCCAGCAGGCCAGAGGUGGAUGAACGCAAUGCCCUCGUUUGGGUGUAGGGACUGAUCAGAGCCCGAAGGUACAGAGGUGCCGUUCCCCUCACUGCUCCAUAGGCAAGCACCAUGGUCUUGUAACGGAUGCGAGCUUCAACUGGAAGCCAGUGGAGUGUGCGGAGGAGGGGGGUGACGUGAGAGAACUUGGGAAGGUUGAACACCAGACGGGCUGCGGCAUUCUGGAUGAGUUGUAGGGGUUUAAUGGCACAGGCAGGGAGGCCAGCCAACAGCGAGUUGCAGUAAUCCAGACGGUGUGGAAUCCACUUGGGAGAGAUGAGGAUUCCUGUGCCACCACCCCGCUGACCAGAUGCUCUCGGGGUAUGCGAGAACACAUGGUCAGACGAGGAGAGAGCAGUAGGAGUAGCAGUGUUUUCAGUGGUAAUCCAUGUUUCCGUCAGCGCCAGGAAGUCGAGGGACUGGAGGUUAGCAUAGGCUGGGAUGAAGUCAGCUUUGUUGGCAGCAGAACGGCAGUUCCAGAGGCUGCCUGAGACCUGGAACUCCAGGUGUGGGGUGCGUGCAGGGACCACCAGGUUAGAGAGGCAGCAGCCACGCGGUGUGAGGCGUUUGUGUAGCCUGUGCAGAGAGGAGAGAACAGGGAUAGGCAGAGGCAUAGUUGACAGUCUGUAGCAAAUGGCUACAAUAAUGCAGAGGAGAUCGGAAUGAAAUGAACUAAACAUCUGGGAGAGGAGAGAGCAGGGCCUCCCUCACCAAAACUUCCACCUCAGAAACUAUAAUUGUUUCACUGAACCACCCGAACAAAAACUCUCCCAACUUCCACCUUUAGAAAUCAGAAUUGUUGUGAACCACAGCGGUUCAAUGUUUAAAGGAAUAGACUCAACCCACUUUAUUCAGCUAGCUAACUAUGACACCAUAGCUAACUAGCAUGCUAGCAUCCAAUAACACACAGUUUAGCACCAACACUUGGUCACAACAAACCACCAAUAGUGUGUUGACACACUAAGCAGAUAAUUCGUGUCCGUGUCUAGUUCCUUUCAUAACGCAGCAAUAAUUCAACGUUGGCUAGCUUAGCACAAAUAUAUUGUAUUUAGCUGCCACAGUACAGCACACAAUGGCUACUGUGUUGACUCUGUUCGACUUGCUUCCAUUCAGCCACAAGCAUUAGUGAGAUCGGGCAAUGAUGUUGGGCGAUUAGGCCUGGCUCGCAGUCGGUGUUCCAAUUCAUCCCAAAGGUGUUCGAUGGGGUUGAGGUCAGGGCUCUGUGCAUGCCAGUCAAGUUCUUCCACACCGAUCUCGACAAACUAUUUCUGUAUGGACCUCGCUUUGUGCACGGGGGCAUUGUGUCAUGCUGAAACAAGAAAUGUCCUUCCCCAAACUGUUGCCACAAAGUUUGAAGCACAGAAUCGCCUAGAAUGUCAUUGUAUGUCAUUUCCCUUCACUGGAACUAAGGGGCCUAGCCCGAACCAUGAAAAACAGCCCCAGACCAUUAUUCCUCCUCCACCAAACUUUACAGUUGGCACUAUGCAUUGGGGCAAGUAGCGUUCUCCUGGUAUCCGCCAAACCCAGAUUUGUCCGUCAGACUGCCAGAUGGUGAAGCGUGAUUCAUCACUCCAGAGAAUGCAUUUCCACUGCUCCAGAGUCCAAUGGCAGCGAGCUUUACACCACUCCAGCCGACGCUUGGCAUUGCGCAUUGUGAUCUUAGGCUUGUGUGUGGCUGCUCGGCCAUGGAAACCCAUUUCAUGAAGCUUCCGAUGACCAGUUCUUGUACUGACGUUGAUCCCAGAGGCAGUUUGGAUCUCGGUAGUGAGUGUUGCAACCGAGGACAGACCAUUUUUUUUGCGCUCAGCGGUCCUGUUCUGUGACCUUGUGUGGCCUACCACUUCACGGCUGAGCCGUUGCUCCUAGACGUUUCCAUUUCACAAUAACAACACUUACAGUUGACCGGAGCAGCUCUAGCAGGGCAGAAAUUUCACAAACUGUCUUGUUGGGAAGGUGGCAUCCUAUGACGGUGCCACGUUGAAAGUCACUGAGCUCUUCAGUAAGGCUCAAUUUUAUAUUAUGAUGGCCAUUGUUUUUACCAUUGUAGUCUUAAUUGAUUGCCCUUAAGAUUGUCCUUCAGUAAAAAGGUGUCUGAUUGUGUCUGUCCUCUGUUGUCCCCAUAGGGAGGAGCACAUCGUGGCCAUACUAGCGGUGAGAGGGGACGCUAGCCGAGAAAUGAAGCAGAUGAUCAUUGAGACGCUGAACCAGAACAAGCCUUCCUACGCCGGCAACACCCAGCACAUCUUCAAGGACAUCACUGUCCCCACCGUGACCAUGACCUCCAUGUCCUCCUCUAUGGCCGCCACUGCCAACAAACUGCUGAAAUAAAUAACUAAAUUCUGGAGAGAGAUGGAGACACACCUGGGUCGUAUUCAUUAAUGCACAAAAUGAUUUGCAACGGGGGGGGGGGG